GAACAGAAACGAUAUAUUACAAGCAUCGCCUUUCACCAAUUUAUCUUUCGCCCUGGCCCACAACUUCCAACCCAUGUUUUAAGUUAUCAGGCUUUUCAAUCGCGUUAUCUCGCCGGUACGGCCUUGCGUAGGAUCGCUAACCAACCGACGUGGUCGCCGACUUGCGUACCUUUUACCGUACAUCGUUAAAAACGACGCGAUAAAGAAACGCCCUUCAAUAAUCAUAUUUUCAACUUCCAUAUCGUCGUCUUAUCAGAGGUACACUUACUCUACGAUAUAUUUCCGCCCCAAGAUUCUUAUCCAACAAAUUAUUUUGAAACAUGGAUACUUCUCGAAAACGUCCUAGCACUAGCGGUAGUGAACCGAGCCAAGACCAUCAAUCUAAGCGUCAGAAGACCGCUGAUGUUGACGUUCGCUCUGUUACUCCAACCGCGAUCACUCCCGCAAAGCCAGCUUGCGAGGUUGCCAGUGGCCCUACCGUGCAUAAUAUCGGAAGGGACGGCUUGAGACGCUCGAUUGGUCUGCAGCUGCAAUAUAUGGGUUUUGAUAGCUCAAGGAGCGACGCUCUAGAGGGUUUCACACAAGCUGCCGAGACAUAUAUCACCCACUUCGUAGAGAAUAUCAAACGAAGCGCAAACGCAGCACGAAGAAAUAACCCGAUACCUCUGGAUUUCGAGUAUGCCCUUGAACAUUCAAACGUCACCCUAUCUUCUCUGAAGCCACAUUUAAAACUCCCUAUUCCUAACGAGGAGCUUACGCCAUCCUUCUUCAACCCUAUCAAAGAGGACAUACAGCAAUUCGCGAAACCUCGGCCAUUCUUAGGUGAUGAACUAUCCGGUCAGAAGGAGAAAGACGAGCGACCCUGGAUCCCGAAGCACUUCCCCUCGAUGCCUAGUCCUUACGCAUACCGGUUUACUCCAUAUCACCAUACAUACGAUCGUAGUAAGGAGCAGACACAGGCUGAGCUAGAUGCGAAGAAGGGCGAGCGGGCGUUGCGGCAGAUAAACAGGGCUGCUAGAAUCAGCCGCCAGAAGGAGAUCAGAGCGAUCGCCCAUAAAAAUCCUCUGAGCAAGGAGCGACAGGUAGCAUGGGAGAAGAUGAUGACAAGACUCCUUCCUGAAGUCGAACCGACGAAUAUGGCGCCUGAAAUCGCCGAUCAUAGCACGAUCGUCAACUAUGGCGCCAGACACGGUCGAAAGAGCGUGCAUAAGCCCAGCCGACGAGCUCAAGUAGAUACUUCAAAUGGUAUGACCUAAUAUACGGUCCUCGAGAUAGGCGUAUACGCAGCGAGCAUGGGAAUCAUUUGACUCAGAUGAGCUUUUCCCGGUCUUUUACUAGUGAGAAUACAUUUUAGGAUUGAUAAGGUCG